CCAGUAGGAAUAUUCAAUUUUGAGCAGAAAUACUUACUCUUUAGCACUCGCAGAUACCAAAUAGCAAUACUGCUAAUAUUUGCUUACCACAUGUUAAAGUAUUUUGUCUGAGAUAUCAGUAGAUGGCGGUCUUCAAUAUCAGUAGAUGGCGGUCUUCAAAUCCAAUGUUGGUGAGGAAAUACUUUGCAGAUGGAAAGAAGUAAAUUAAUUGCCUAGUAAAAUUUCCUUCCCCCACACCUGCGGCCCAAGCAAGUUGUCCAAAUAUAUGCAGUCACCAUCUCAACACCUCAACACAACUCUGGUCUGUGGAUAGGUGAUGGAUGUUGUCUCAUUGUGUACCUAUUCAAUAUGGUGCAGGCUGAGCAUAAAAUGUUUGCUUGUAUGAAUCAUAUUUACAGGGAAUAAUAUUUUGUGUUAUUAUGGAUUUGAACCAUAAAACAAUGAAAAACAGCUUUGCACGCACAAAUACAGCCAGGGGCUAGUGAAGGAAAGUGUCUCUGUAGUAAAAUAAGCUAUUUUUACAUGAUUCUUCACCAGUUAGUGUGUAGAUGACACAAUGAAUAAAACUGCAGAAGCAGGUCAUAGGAUAAAAUGUCAGUGACACAUCUUCCCUCGUAUUCAGGCCGUCCCUCGCAUGGUAUGUAGCCCUGAUCCUCCCAAAAGAAGAUUAACAACCCCCUGACAGACACAUAAUCUUUCUGAAAACAUCGAAUAUUACCAUUUUAACAUGUUCCCUCAAAAAGAGUGGAAAAUGAGUCUCGUGAAUCCUUAAUUGCAAUCUGUUUGUUUAGAUAUGCUAAUGCUUUAGCUCUGUUGAUGUGUAACAAAGGACCUUUACAGUCUUACAAGUUAAGUUACGACUCAAAAAUAGAAAGAACCCAUUUUUAAGCAAGGGUUACUUUUGACAGCACAACAGGUCAAAUUCUAAAAUAAUCAACGUGUAUGAACUUUUCAUGAGGUUCAGGAGCUGUGCUUACCCGAACCAGUAUAAUUAAUCACUUUGUUGCUUUUUUGUGUGUUGUCAUGAGAUAACAUUCCAGCCAUUAGACCUCUUAUUCUUCGUUCAUUUAAUUACUUAUUUGUGCUCCACGGGCUUUAUAACUGCACUUUGUUUGUACUUUAACAUUCAUGGCCAAAAAAAGCAUCUGGACACAUUCAUAACAAGGCACGUCUGUUUUAGUGUGUAUUUCUAAACAUCCCGUUCUAAUUCCUGUUCUUAACCGGUUUUGGGGACAUGUGUGGCCUUCAGUUCUUUGCACCAUGAAGCCAAUAUCAAGUGAACCCUUUGACCACAGUGUUACAUCUGAGGAAACCAUUUCAUCCGUUACACCAGUUGAUUGGCUGAAAUUUUCAAGAACAAGAACUGGCAAUCUCAGUGUCCGCCCACCCGUUCUAGUGUCCGCGCUUGUGAUUAUCCUGUUUAGCUUUCAGUCACAUUUAGUUGACGCCACUCAGUGACGCAACGCAUCAUUCAAAUUAUAUUUAGAGAAAAGUACAGGGACAGGAAUUAGUAAUCCAAGAAGUGACAUCUGGCCUUCCGAGCUUAUGUGAUUAGCAGACAGCCUUGCCCCUAAUAGCCUCACGGACGUUCUUCAUUACCCCAAUCCAUACCUGCAGAACGUUCUGUGGUAGGUGGAACAAAAAUACAUCCUGAUGAUCAUGCGGCAACAUGAAUAUAACAAGCUUUAAAAUGUAAUAUAGGACACAUGGACGUGCCACAUGAGCUGUAACACUUGUCAAGCUUACUGUAAAUCCUCUAAUGUGCACUACAGUUUCAAUCCAACAGCAUUAGGACUAAGACCAGAUGACUGCAGAGAUAGCGGCAACAUCCGAGCGAAGCAGGAGGAAAGAACAGAAAAUGGAACAGAAAAAGUAUGGCCUCACAAGUGCAAGUGUUCUCCCCUCACACUCUUCAAUCAAGUGCCUUCUUUAGCGUGAAAAAACUGAAGGUGGAGCAGAGUUGCAACUGGGAUAUGACAGGGUACGGCACGCACAGCAAAGUCUACAGCCACAAUAACAGCAAGAACGUGUCGGCCAUCGGCGGCCCCCUAGGAAUCAACAGCUCCCUGCAGGUAGCCGGCUCCACCUUGCCAUACGAGCAAGCGCUCAUCUUCCCAGCAAGCGCGGCCCACAUUGUGGUUGCCUCAGCCAGUAGCGCUUCUGGGGGCGCGGGCUCUUUACUGGGCAGUGUAGGUGGAGGCAGUAACAGCAGCGGAGGGUGUGGUGGCGGUUCCGGGGUUCACAAUCUGACUCGCCGCAGCACGGUCAGUCUCCUGGACACCUACCAACGAUGUGGGCUUAAGCGUAAGAGUGAGGAGCUCGACAACAACAGCAGUGUGCAGAUCAUCGAGGAGCACGGUCAGCCGAUGAUCCAGAACGGGGCAGCCAGCGGCGCCACGGUGGCGACGGCAGCCACUGCCGCCUCCACAGCGACGUCCAAGAACAGCAGCUCCAACAAUGAGGGCGACUACCAAUUGGUGCAGCAUGAAGUGCUCUGCUCCAUGACCAACACAUAUGAAGUACUGGAAUUCUUGGGGCGAGGAACAUUUGGCCAGGUGGUUAAGUGCUGGAAAAGGGGCACCAACGAGAUCGUGGCAAUCAAGAUCCUGAAAAACCACCCGUCGUACGCAAGGCAGGGUCAGAUCGAGGUCAGCAUCUUAGCACGUCUCAGCACAGAGAGCGCAGAUGAUUUCAACUUUGUGAGGGCCUAUGAGUGCUUCCAGCAUAAGAACCACACGUGCCUGGUGUUUGAGAUGCUGGAACAGAACCUGUACGACUUCCUGAAGCAGAACAAGUUCAGUCCGCUGCCGCUCAAAUACAUCCGACCGGUUUUGCAGCAGGUGGCAACGGCGCUGAUGAAGCUGAAGAGUCUGGGUCUGAUCCACGCUGAUCUAAAGCCAGAAAACAUCAUGCUUGUAGAUCCAUCUCGACAGCCCUAUAGAGUCAAAGUCAUUGACUUUGGCUCAGCCAGCCACGUCUCCAAAGCUGUCUGCUCUACUUAUCUACAAUCCAGAUACUACAGGGCUCCUGAAAUCAUCUUGGGUUUGCCAUUCUGUGAGGCGAUAGACAUGUGGUCCCUGGGCUGCGUAAUAGCUGAGCUCUUCUUGGGAUGGCCACUGUAUCCCGGCGCCUCGGAAUAUGAUCAGAUUAGAUACAUCUCACAGACCCAGGGACUGCCUGCAGAAUAUCUGUUGAGUGCUGGGACAAAGACCACCAGGUUCUUCAACAGAGACCCUGACUCCACAUAUCCUCUUUGGAGACUGAAGACUCCUGAGGACCAUGAGGGAGAAACAGGGAUCAAGUCUAAGGAGGCGCGCAAGUACAUUUUCAACUGCUUGGAUGAUAUGGCCCAGGUGAACAUGACAUCAGAUCUAGAGGGGAGCGACUUGUUGGCGGAGAAAGCCGACAGAAGGGAGUUCAUCGAUUUGUUAACCAAGAUGUUGACCAUCGACGCGGACAAGAGAAUCACACCGAUUGAAACACUCAACCACCCUUUUGUCACGAUGUCGCACCUCCUCGAUUUUCCACACAGCACUCAUGUGAAGUCAUGCUUCCAGAAUAUGGAGAUUUGUAAGCGCCGUGCCAACAUGUAUGACACGGUCAACCAGAGCAAGACGCCCUUCAUCACCCAUGUGGCCCCCAGCACCUCCACCAACCUCACCAUGACCUUCAACAACCAGCUCAACACUGUGCACAGCCAGGCCACCAACCUGGCUCCCUCUUCCACCAACAAUUCUACCCUUUCCUUUGCAAGUCCUGAUGUCUCCAUACUAAACUACCAAUCUGCACUCUACCAGCCCUCCGCUGCCUCCAUGGCAGCUGUGGCCCAACGGAGCAUGCCCCUGCAGACGGGGGCUCCUCAGCUCUGCGCCGCCCGACCCGAUCCCUUCCAGCAGGCGCUCAUCGUCUGUCCUCCUGGCUUCCAAGGACUGCAGGCGUCACCAUCCAAGCACAACAGUUACUCCAUGCGGAUGGAAAAUGCUGUUCCUAUAGUGACGCAGGCCCCUGGCGCCCAGCCUCUGCAGAUACAACCAGGCCUUCUCACUCAGCAGGGUUGGCCUAGCGGCACCCAGCAGAUCUUGCUGCCUCCAGCCUGGCAGCAGCUCACCCACACCUCAGUUCAGCAUGCGGCCGUCAUCUCCGACUCUAUGAGCGGCACGCAGCCUCUCGCCAACUGGAGGAAUUCCCACCCACACGGCAGCCAUUAUAAUCCCAUCAUGCAGCAGCCAGCCUUGUUGGCUAGCCACGUCACUCUCCCAUCCAACCAGACGCUCAAUGUUGGAGUGGCACAUGUUAUGCGGCAACCCUCAUCCAAUAAUAACUCCUCUUCCAAAAAGAACAAACAGCACCAGAAUUCAGCCAGGAACACCUCAGCCUAUGAAGUGUCGUCCACUCAGGCGGUGCUUUCACCACAACGCUCCAAGAGGGUGAAGGAGAACACGCCCCCACGAUGCGCAGUCCAGAGCAGCACGGCCUCUGUUUGCCCUUCCCAACAAGGUUGUGGGGGUGGCGGCUGGGGAACUAUUGAGGCCGAGCAGGCCUCCAGCACUACCCGCAGCCAUCCGCACCAGCAGCACUUCCCCAGGCAGACCAUCAUCAUCCCUGACACACCCAGCCCUGCCGUCAGCAUCAUCACCAUCAGCAGUGACACAGAUGAGGAGGAUGACCACAAACAAAACAAAGGCUCGUCAUCGAAGCAAAGGAAGAACGUGAUCAGCUGUGUGACGGUCCAUGACUCACCUGACACCGACUGUUCCACCAACAACAGCCCUUACACUGUGGAGUCAAGACCCAUCAAUAACAACAACAACAAUAACAGUUGCGACACCAAGACUGCUGUACUGGACAACUACAACAACGGAAACCCACGCACAAUCAUCAUACCCCCUCUAAAAACCCAAACUAGCGAGGUUGUGAAUGAAUGCGAACGCCUAAUGCCAGAUACAAUGAACCAUCAGAAUUCCAUUUAUAAGUUUAAAUCCUCAAAUGGAGUGCUUUCGGGCAAUACUCAGAUACCAGGUGGUGUGACUACAUCCUACAGACAGCAGCGCUCAGGGCCACACCCCCUCCAGCAGCAGCCUCUUAAUCUUAGCCAGGCCCAGCAGCACAUGGUAGCAGACCGAAACGGAGGUCAUCGCCGCCAGCAAGCCUACAUAGCCCCCACUAUGGCCACUCAGGCUCCAUACUCCUUCCAUCACAACAGCCCUUCUCAUACAGGCAACGUGCACCCCCACCUGGCCGCUACGCACCUCUCCAGCCAGCCUCACCUCUACACCUACACAGCCCCAGCCGCGUUGGGCUCCAGCGGCACGGUGGCUCACCUGGUGGCAUCGCAGGGCUCGGCGCGCCACGCGGUUCAGCACGGGAGCUACCCGCCGAGCAUUGUCCACCAGCUUCCGGUCAGCGUGGGACACCGCGUACUGCCCUCGCCUACCCUGCACCACAGCCAAUACCAGGCCCAGUUUUCCCAUCAGGCCUAUAUCAGCGCAUCGCCCGCCUCUGCCGUCUACACUGGAUAUCCAUUGAGCCCCACCAAGGUCAACCAGUACCCUUACCUCUAGAGAAGACACUGGAGAGGCCGACUUGGCACUGCUGCUUCCACACACCGACCACCCUUAUCCCCAUCUGCAACCAACGCUCCGUUAACCUCACUUGUGAACAGUGAAUGAGGACUUUGCAAUCCUCAUCAAUCUGCCCCAUAUGACUUGAAGAUAUGACGGAGAAAAAGAAGAAAAUAAAAUGAUUCACAGUCAUUCUCUGAGGGAAAAAGAAAACCAUUACAUUUCGAGGUGAUUUUGUUUUGAUUGUUUUUAUCUGAAAAGGGCCAUCUUAGCUUUGAUUAGAUUUUUUUUUUGUUUUUGCUUUACUUUAUGAGGAAAGUCAUGUCUUGUUAGUGUUACAGGGAAAACCUUUUAGGACGGCGGAGGGUUUCUAGAUUAGUUUUCUUUUAUUUGCCCAUUCUAAUUGGGAAGGGACUGCUGAACAGGGGUUACGGACUGGAAGUUCGAAAUUCCAAGAGGAUUGGGAAAAGGUGAAAUACGGAAACCUGCUGCUCUUCAAAGAAAAAAAAUGAUGGCCUUGAACUGUCUUAAUAUUUCCACACUUUUGGUGUCGAGAGAAAAAAGAGACGACUCGCUCCACUCCACCUCUUAGAGCCGGAGGUGUUUGGAAAUUGAACCAACAGAAGACAACAAACUUUUGUAAUGUAUUUAUAGCUAUAUUUCUUUUGUGUUCCACAAAACUUAGGUUUUAGCUUAUAUAGGUGUCUUCGCUGGGCCCAUUCAUAGAAUGUAGCAGUCUGCACCCCAUUUCUUUCUAGAACUUUCAAAACACUUUCUUUCCUUUUAUCAAUAGAUACAUUUGUUCCUCGUUCCUUUUUUUUAAAUGUGAUUGCACAAAGUGAUUAUAAUAACAUAGGCAUGUACAAUGUGAGUGUGCGUGUGUGUGUGCUUCUGUCAACCAUGUGUGAAGUCCACCUCCUUUAGAUUUUGUUCCCUCGUAGUGCCUUACAGAUGUAACAACACAGUUUACUCCGCUUGGAAUGCCACGCAACACAAAGGAGAAACACACUUUUUGUCCUGCUUUGAGAAGCUCGUGAUGGGGACACCUAGAUCUCUUCCAGGUGUAAGCGUUGCUCCCACUGCUUUUCCAUGGUCCUUCAAGUCCUUCAGAGAAGGAGGUUUCAUGUCAUCAGGUUGAUAUUGAGCGCUUUUAUUAUGUGUGUGCAUGAGAUACAAUAACUUGCCAGGGGUACGUACCAAAGUCCUAGAUAUUGAUCAUCAUUCUUCUUCCAGACUCACUGGAUUGAAAUGCCAAUUAUGUAUGUGGUGUUGAUGUAACAGCGUGUUCUCAAAAAAAAAAAAAAGUCAGAUGUUUAUUUUAAAAAAUUGCUGAAAAGUAGUGCACUGUAAUGGCGUACCGCAAGCAACACGUCACUUCCGCUCAUUAAUAUUCAUGACAUUAGCUACUGUUGCUAAGGGAGGACAUGUCACCUUUUGUCCCCAAUAGUAAAUGAAUGGACGUUGUGUACGAAUGAGAUAUUUACAAAGCUAAACCUACCAAGUCUCUCCGAAAAUGACGUCCCUGGUGCCAAAUUCACUUGCAAAGAUGUGGAAGUACAUAAAAAUGUUCAGUUAAAGAGAUGGCUUGAGAGUCGAGGGCUGAAAAAAACGACCAGACCUUAGCAUAGCCUUAGCUUUUUUUAUCGACACCUUUUUCUUACUCGACUGACAAUUACAUUCUCCUGUUUCAACAAGCUAUCCUUUACCACCAGCCCUGUCUUUCCUAUAUAUUAUAUCCUCUGGUUGUCCUACAUCUCUGACCGUUCUUGGGGGGUAAUUUAUAUUUUGUGUAGAGAUCGCAAAUGCUGCUCAGUGACAGCCAACGAACACUUUUAAUUUUUUCAUUGAUAACAAAUCUUAAUUCUAUAGUUUCUUUACACUUCCCCCUUACUUAAGUUUUUUUUUUUUUUUUUUUU